UUCGUCAGAUCAAAGCAAGGUGUUGUUGCAAGGCUUAAACAACAUGUGCCAGACAUCAUCUCAGUGCACUGCGUGGCACAUAGAUUGAAUCUUGCAGUGUCAGAUGCAGCCAAACAUGGAUUUCUGUCGAGAUUCGACCGAACCCUCAACAGCCUUGCAACAUUUUACAACAGCAGUCCGAAGAGAACCCAGUCCCUCAAAGCAAUUCAGAAGCUUCUUGAGCUGCCAGAGCUCAAAUGCCAGGGUGGUGUGCUUACAAGGUGGACCAGUCAUAGCAAGGCUAUUGCAGUGCUUAGGAAAACUUUGCCUGCAGUGAUUGUGGAUCUAAGCAAAACAGCCAUUGAAGACCCAGUUGCCAAGGGACUGCACAAAAGCAUGGCAAACUUCGAGUUUGCAGCAGCGGUCAUCAUAAUGGGGGAGGUACACAAGCGACUAGAGAGAACCUUUCAACUGUUCCAGAACAGGGAUUUGUUUUUCCAGAGAGUUGACAAAGAGGUGUCAUCAACCAUAUCUUCCAUCAAGCGCUUGCCAACACGCCCCAUGCUCAAGACAGAAUUAGUUGACUGGCUUGAACAGGGAAAACUACACGAGUCAGGGAUUGUGUUCUCUGAGGAGAAGUGGAAAGAUUUCAUUGAUCAGGUUGCCACUCCUUUUGUGGACAGUGUGGCAGCAAACAUUAAGAGACGGCUUCCAGACUCCAAGGACCUUGAGUGUUUCAAAAUUUUUGACCCCGUCCAAGCUGCAGAACACAGCAAUGAUCCUGAGUAUGGAUUUCAAGAGAUAGAGACCCUGGCAACGCGAUUGCUCUCGCGAGCCAAGGCUCCAGGCAGUCACAAAGAAGUGACCACAGCUGCAACCAAUGAGUGGGAGUCGUUCUCGUAUUCCCUCACUUCUGCUGAAUUCGAGCACAAAUCUGUGGAACAAGUUCUGCAGAAGCUUGUGAAAGAGGGUAUGUAUGACCUGUACCCAAGUUUGAGUACAAUGGCAGCCACUGCCCUGACUGUACCCGUCAGCACUGCCGAGGUAGAGAGUUUGUUUUCUACCAUGAAAAGAGUAAGGACACCACUGCGCAACCGUCUCCAGCGUGAAAACCUCAGCACCUGCAUCCGUCUCUCUGGAUUCAGUCCUAAACCCAGGACUGUGAAUUUCGGGGAGAUGGUGCGGGUGUUCUACACCAAAAAUCCCAACCGGAGGGUUGAAUGCAGUGACAACAAAUGCGACAUUUGUGGUGGAAUUUAGAAGUGUUGAAGUGCUUGAAACUACUGCAAAUUAGUGGCAUAGCUUGCAAAAGCAAAACAUCAUCCCCUUCAAGUUCCAAAUUUACUUUUAUGAGUCAAGUGUACCUAUGAAUAAAACACUUCCAACAUUCUGAAAAAGCUGUAGAUUGGUGUUGCAUUAUUAUUGCUGUCCUCCGUGUCCUAUUUUACAAGUGUUUAUAAUUAAUUUUGAACAAAUCAAUAUAACUUUGACUUAUAAUCUUGACAGCUAAUGCUCCAAAAAGUAAGAGGAAAGUGGCCAGGAAAUGCCUCAGA